AUGAAAAAAUACGUUAACAAACAGCAUCCUCAAGGAAUUCUCUUCAGGAUCCUAAGCUGUAAGAAUGACUUUGCGCACUUUAGCUAUCCAGAGACACAACGCUGCCACUGUGAGCGAUUAGUGUGCUUGAAAAACCCACGUACGACCUGUCUUGCUCCCUUUGGGGUCUUGGUAAUUACGAUUCACUUCCUGAAGAAUUUACCUUCUUUCCAAAAUCUGCCGCUCAACGACCAGUUCGUGUUCGUCCUUCUUCAGAACCGCUGCUGGGUGCCUCUUUUCCUCCUGGCACUUGCGCAAGAGCACGUGACUUUCGAGGUGUGGGACUUCCCUGCUGCCAGCAUCCUUAGAAACAUACUGAUGAACGGUCAGCAGAAAUCAGAUGACUGUCCGCCCACCCUGGCAGAAGUGGACAAGCUUCAGAUGUUCCUAAACAAAGUAUGGAGUCUGGACCUGAGUCUAAAUGAGUAUGCGUAUCUCAAGGGUGCAAUAGGCCUACUGUUCAGUCAAGUACUUGAUGUUCCUGGCCUGAAGAGUUGGGCAGUAAUCGCAGGACUGCAGAAGGAGGCCCAGAGAGUUCUGCACAUGCUUAUUCUCUGCCAUCAUCACCCCAGAGAUCCAUUCAUGGACAUGCUGUUUACAGCAAUCACUUUACAGAUGGAGGCCCGAAGCCUGGUUACAGAACUGUUUUUCAGACCCAUCACUGGCCAGACGGAUCUCCAGGAACUCUUCAAUGAGAUUGUCAACCAAUAGAAUAAUGUAGAAUUAUAUAAUUACAUAAUCUAUGGGAUACAAUCUGGGAGUGUAUAA